UGAAAUUGUAAUAUAGCAACAUAAUGCGCAGGUAUUUCUUCUGUAAGUGACGUCUUCAUUCACCUCUGUUUUACCUAGCAUCCAGGAAGUGAUUGAAAUACUCCGGGGUUUUUUUCCACACUGUUGCGCGGCGUGACAUGUUGAAAUGAAGCUUGAUGAAAAAUUGGUCACCUAUUUUGAAUCCUGCAACUCACCUGUGGACAAGCAGGGCUACCUGUACAAGAAGGGUGAGAUUAAGACGUCCUAUCAGAAGCGCUGGUGUGUCCUGAAGGGUAACCUCCUGUUCUACAAGGAAAGUGCAUCAGACAGAGACCUGACAGGAGUCAUUGUUCUGGAGGGCUGCACUGUCCAGCUGUGUGAGUCUGAGGAGCAGUUUGCUUUCUCUCUGGUGUGGAGCGAGCCAGGCCUGCGUACGUACAAGUUUGCCGCUGACGACCAGGCGAGUCAGGAGAGUUGGAUCAAAGCUCUGCUGUCGGCCAACCACGGGUAUCUGUCCCUGCUGCUGAUGGACCUGGAGAAGAAAUACAGAGAUGCAUUAGCUGCAUUUCCUCGUGAAACGGCUAAGCCCUUCACAAUGCCCAAUUUCGGCGCCACGGGGACGGACUUCUCGGCAGCCUAUCGUAGCAGACAGUUGUCAACACUGCCGUCAAACAAAGCGCCAGCAGCUGCAGGUGCAGCGGCAGCUUCGGCUCUGAGCAACAGUGCAACGUUACACGCUCUGUCCUAUCCAACCAGGCCGACCGUGAAGAGUUCGCCCAAACAGUUGCCCCGGAGAAACAUAAACGCCGUGCCUUUAAAUAUUCCCGACAUGCCCAUGGGAGAGUGGUCGUCUUUCUGCGUCAACGCUGAGGAUGACUUCUCAAAGCUGCAUGAAGACUUUGGGAAAGAAGUCAAGGAACUGAUAGCUCGCUGGUCAAGACAAAAACGAGAUGGCAGAGUUGUUCAGGAAGAGGAUUUGAUAGACUUUGGAUAAAUUCAUGUCAACAUAAAAUGGUCUUGAAUUUCAAGGAGUAGUAGAGUAGUGUCUAAAGUGUCGAUAUUAUGGUAUAUACUGUAUACCAGCGGUCCCUAACCUUCUUUCUGUCAAGGACUAAUAGGCCACUAGCGGGCAGUACCGCACACCGGUAGCGCCUGACGACUCCGUCCUGUUUGCACAUCUGUGAAGCCGAUGGAUAUUGAAGAAAGCUCAAUGAAUUUUCAAAAUAAAAAAUAGUUUUCACUUUAUCUCAUUAGCAUUGGAAUCUGAAAGACAUUUCGAAAAAAACAGCUAGAUUAUCUUUAAAUGAAGAAAUUAAAUGAAAAUGACUGGAUUCUCUUUAAAUUAGAAAAAUUAUUAAUUAUUUAAUUCCGGUAACAAAUGACCCAUGGACUGGUACCGGGCCAUGAACCAGGGGUUGGGGACCAUUGCUGUAUACUGUAUAUUUGAGGGUUAUGGGUAAAAAAAAAAAAAAAAAAAAUUAACAAUCUCAGUGAACUAUUGGUGGUUAGUUGCUCAAUGGACCUGGAAUGUAGAACAUUUUCAAAACCUUUCAAAAAGGUAGAGAACAACUGCAUUUGUUUACACUAGCUUUUUUUUUUUUUUUUCUAAAUCUGUGAAUUACAUCAUGAACGGUUUCAAAAACCUGUUAAUGAAUUCAUUAAUAAAAUUCCUGGAAUUCUUUUGCUUGAAAAGGUACAUAUCCAAAAGAUAUGAAUUACAUUUAAUCAAUAAAAAUCAUUGUCUUAUG